CAGAUGCCUCACGGGACACUGUCAGAGAGGGUGGGCAGACGACAUGGGUAGUCAUUACUGCUUUUAGGACUAUGUAGUUCCCAGGUGUGUGGAGGGGAAACCACUGUGGGUCCCACGGCCUUCAGACUGUGCCCCCGCCUCUCCCACCUAGAAUUCUGUUUGUAAAGGCCACGCUGAAGGGUUCACGUCCAUUGUUCCUCUGAACGCCUCCGUCUUCUCUCCUCUCUCUCUUCCUGUACAGGCCGCCAGCCUGCCAAAGGCCAUGCCAGGAAGCAGCUCUGGCUCUGAUGAGUCUAGACCACCGGGAUUCACAUUAAUUUUCCCAUUGCUAAGUUUCUAGUUUAUAUUUGGUUGAUCAGAGAAAUAUGUGUGAUGUGGGUUGCUGGCAAGUCAAUCUUCUUUUUCCUUCUUCUCUCUUUCCCCAGUGUAUGUUUUCAAACCAUUUUAUUCCUUCGUCUAGUCCAAAAGAAACUCCCCAGUUCUGCUAGCCAGCCCUACUUCACAGCAGCACUGGAGUCAAAUAAAUGGGAUGGUCUACAGACAUCUCCUCUGUUCAUCUGGCUGCCAGACUCAGUGGAGAAACGGCUCCCAUCCUUGGUUUGUGUUCAACGAUUAAUAACAUUUCUCAUUCUCAUAUGUCUUUUAAAAAAUAUAUAUUUUUAAUUGGUUCAAGCCAAGAAAUUCCUGAAGCAUUAGGCCAGUUUACUGCAAAUCAUUUAAUGACAUUGCAAACUAGGUUCUUUUUCUUUUCCUCCUUCUUCCUCUCGCACCCCUCCUUUUAUGCCCUCUCUCCUGUCCUCCCCACCUCCAGUCUUGACUCUGAUCUUCUGCUCUCCUCCCUCUGGGCCUUUCAUCUCUUCCCCAACCUCAGCUUUCUCCCACUGCUCCAAUCUAGGUGCACACCCCACCUUAACUCAAAAGAAAAGAAAGAAACACAAGAUUUAACAACUAAUAUGUUUGGCAUCUGCCAGGGUUUUUCUCUCCCCCAUAGAAACUGUUUUUAUUUAAAUAGCAUGCCUUGCUUUCAUCAGAAAGUGUGUGUGAGAAAUUUCAUGUCACGUUUCCAUGGCUGUCAGGAGACAGCUGUGGAGCCAAAAUUAUGCAAUUGAACAGGCAGAAAAAAAUCCUGAAGAGAGCAAAUGCGUUUGUCCACUCUUCCAGCCUGCAAAGGGAGGGUUACUCCCUCCACCAACCCCCUUUCUAAGUUGCUCUGGAGAUCGAGGUAACCUAACUUAGGUUGGAAUGCUGGUGAAGGUGGCAGGGACUACGGCUGGGGACACUACUCGUGCGAUUUGUUGUACCCUGCCUUGUGUGUUGUUUUAACUGUCUUUUCUAUUAGAGUAAAGCUCCUGUGGUUAGGAACUACGUCUUUAUCUUCUUGGUAUCUUUGCAGCUUCUGGCUGGCUGAGUGAAUGAAUCAGUGGUGCCUGGAAGGAUGGUAUUGUGCCAGAUGCCCACUGCAGAAUAUGCAGAUUUUGCCCAGCCUCGUGGGCUGCAGUUGGGUUUGACUUCAGUGGUCUGUGUGCCGGGGCUAUGGACUAGUCAUAGGCUUAGUCACUACCCAGAAUGCGUGGCGUCUGAGAGGCCCGCCCAUCCCACAGUAAACCCCGUCCACUCACCAGAAUCCAGGCAGUCCCACCUCUAACAGGAACACCGUCAGGACCCAGCCUCCAUUCCGCUUCUGCAGUCCGUCACCGUGGUUUUCCACUUGUAGCGCACUUCCUUUCAGAGGCUUGACCACGGGGUCGUGCCAGGCCAUGGCUCCUCAGGUGACUUGGAGAUCAAGUCGUGCUGUGAUUCUCUGCCCGUCCGUGAAGCAGUUCAGGGCACUGGAGAGCCCCUGCAUCGCAAGAGCCCACACAGGGAGGCAAGGCCUAGGACCCUUCACCUGCUCAGACAGCGCCUCCCAGUCCAUCGGUAGAGCACUAAGAAGGUAGGAGCCUGAUGUACCCUGUAAAUGUGGAGGAAACUCAGAGCAUAUUGCAUGAUUUGUGUCUGAACAGAUCCCUGUAAUCUGUGUAUCCAAGGCUCCUACGGAAGUGAUAUAUGAGAAGAUAUAUGUUCCGUUAAGAAAUUGCGUGCUUAGAAGUCAAGGAACCGGGCAGGGUUCCAUAUGGAGCCUGAGAUGUUCUGGGCUUUCUCAGAAAGCACGAAGCUCUGUGACAAAUAAAGAAGGUCCAUAAACCCAGAGAUGGCCUCAAGGACCGGGGGCUUCUGACCUGUUGAGAGCUGAGAAACAGGAGUGAGCCCCUUGGCAUUUGAUUAGCGCCGACACGUUAAUAAAAUAGUUGGAAGAAUACACAAAGAGGGGAUGCAGAAGAAGGGUCUGAGGGAAGAUCUCCAGGACUUCAAGUUAGAUGUGCAGCACGUGAUUGAAGUGGAUGAGGGGAACACGGCGGUCAUCGCCUGUCACCUUCCUGAGAGCCACCCCAAAGCCCAGGUCCGAUACAGCGUCAAACACGAGUGGCUGGAGGCCUCCAGAGAUAACUACCUGAUCAUGCCGUCGGGGAACCUGCAGAUUGUGAACGCCAGCCAGGAGGACGAGGGGAUGUACAAGUGCGCUGCCUACAACCCAGUGACCCAGGAAGUGAAAACCUCGGGCACCAGUGACAGGCUGCGCGUGCGCCGCUCCACUGCGGAGGCUGCCCGCAUCAUCUACCCGCCAGAGGCCCAGACCAUCGUCGUCACCAAAGGCCAGAGUCUCAUCCUGGAGUGUGUGGCCGGUGGGAUCCCACCCCCGAGGGUCACCUGGGCCAAGGAUGGGUCCAGUGUCGCCAGCUACAACAAGACACGCUUCCUGCUGAGCAACCUCCUCAUCGACACCACCAGUGACGAGGACUCCGGGACCUACCGCUGCAUGGCUGACAACGGGGUUGGGGAUCCCGGGGCCGCGGUCAUCCUCUACAACGUCCAGGUGUUCGAACCCCCCGAGGUCACCAUGGAGCUGUCCCAGCUGGUCAUCCCUUGGGGCCAGAGCGCCAAGCUCACCUGUGAGGUGCGAGGGAACCCCCCGCCCUCCGUGCUGUGGCUAAGGAACGCCGUGCCCCUCACCUCCAGCCAGCGCCUCCGACUGUCCCGUAGGGCCCUGCGGGUGGUCAGUGUAGGGCCCGAGGAUGAAGGCGUCUACCAGUGCAUGGCCGAGAAUGAAGUCGGGAGCGCCCACGCUGUGGUCCAGCUGAGGACCGCCAGGCCGGGCACCACCCUGAGGCCAUGGCGGGAUGCUAAGCCGGCCACUGCCACACCUCCUGUGCCCCCGCCCGGACCCGGAAGCCCUGCCCAGAUGCCGAAGGGCCACCCAGGGGCCCUGAGGCCGCCGGCGUCGGCGCUGCCAGCGCCCUGGCCGUGCCUGGGAGAGCAGGGGCAGGCGGCCCCCGCCGAGGCUCCUGUCAUCCUCAGCUCGCCCCGCACCUCCAAGACUGACUCGUACGAGCUGGUGUGGCGGCCUCGGCACGAGGGCAGCGGCUGGGCACCGAUCCUCUACUAUGUGGUGAAACACCGCAAGCAGGUCACAAACUCCUCUGACGACUGGACCGUCUCUGGCAUUCCAGCCAGCCAGCACCGCCUGACCCUCACCAGACUCGACCCUGGGAGCUUGUAUGAAGUAGAGAUGGCAGCCUACAACUGUGCAGGCGAAGGCCAGACGGCCAUGGUCACCUUCCGAACUGGACGGCGGCCCAAACCUGAAAUCGUGGCCAGCAAAGAGCAGCAGAUCCAGAGAGAUGACCCUGGAGCCAGCCCCCAGAGCAGCAGCCAGCCGGACCACGGCCGCCUGUCCCCCCCAGAAGCUCCAGACAGGCCCACUAUCUCCAUGGCCUCUGAGACCUCAGUGUAUGUGACCUGGAUUCCGCGUGGGAACGGCGGCUUCCCCAUCCAGUCCUUCCGAGUGGAGUACAAGAAGCUGAAGAAAGUGGGGGACUGGAUUCUGGCCACCAGCGCCAUCCCUCCCUCCCGGCUCUCGGUGGAGAUCACAGGCCUAGAGAAAGGCACCUCCUACAAGUUCCGAGUCCGGGCUCUGAACAUGCUGGGGGAGAGCGAGCCCAGCGCCCCCUCCCGGCCCUAUGCUGUGUCAGGCUACAGCGGCCGUGUGUACGAGAGGCCCGUGGCAGGCCCUUACAUCACCUUCACCGAUGCCGUCAACGAGACCACCAUCAUGCUCAAGUGGAUGUAUAUUCCAGCAAGUAACAACAACACCCCAAUCCAUGGCUUUUAUAUCUAUUACCGACCCACGGACAGUGACAAUGAUAGUGACUACAAGAAGGAUAUGGUGGAAGGGGAUAGAUACUGGCACUCCAUCAGCCACCUGCAGCCGGAGACCUCCUAUGACAUUAAGAUGCAGUGCUUCAACGAAGGAGGGGAGAGUGAGUUCAGCAACGUGAUGAUUUGUGAAACCAAAGCCCGGAAGUCUUCUGGUCAGCCUGGUCGACUCCCACCCCCAACUCUGGCCCCGCCACAGCUACCACCCCAUGAAACCAUAGAGCGGCCGGUGGGCACAGGGGCCAUGGUGGCCCGCUCCAGCGACCUGCCCUACCUGAUCGUCGGGGUCGUCCUGGGCUCCAUCGUCCUCAUCAUUGUUGCCUUCAUCCCCUUCUGCUUGUGGAGGGCCUGGUCUAAGCAAAAACAUACAACAGACCUGGGUUUUCCUCGAAGUGCCCUUCUGCCCUCCUCCUGCCAAUACACUAUGGUACCACUGGGAGGGCUCCCAGGCCACCGAGCGAAUGGGCAGCCCUACCUCAGUGGCACCAGCGGACGGGCCUGUACCAAUGGAGUACAUGUGAACACGGCCUGCCCUGCAGCUGCCAUGGGCUACCCAGGCGUGAAGCCUCAGCAGCGCCGCCCAGGGGAGCUUCAGCAGCAGGAUGACACCGACAGCACGCUGAGGCAGACCGUUCUUGGCAGUGGACGUGACCCCCCCAGUCACCAGAUUCCCAGGGCUCCCAAGUCUAACCCGGACGAGGGCUCGCUCUUAUACACGCUGCCCGAUGACUCAGCUUGCCAGCUGCUCCAGCCUCAGCAGGACUGCCGCCACCUCCAGGGGCAGCCAGCAGCCACGGGCCAGCCCGGCAUGAGGCGUGUACCCCAGGGUCCUGGGCUGGAAGCCACGUGGGACCCUCUUUCUCACCCAGGGUCCCGGUGCUGCUUGGGCCUCGUACCGGUUGAAGAGGUGGCCAGUCCUGACUCCUGCCCUGCGGGGAGAGGAGACUGGUGUCCCCAGCACCCCGUGGGGGCCUACGUGGGGCAGGAACUUGGGAUGCGGCUCUCCCCCAGCCCACCGGUUCACAUGUCUUUUGAAAUACCACCUCCUACAAUUUAGGCAGAAGCUGAUAUCCCAGAAAGAAAGACACUAUAUAUUGUUGUUUCUUUAAAAAAGAGAGAAAAUUGGUAUUUAUUUUUCUAUAAUAGCCAUAUUUAUAUAUUUAUGCACUUGUAAAUAAAUGUAUAUGUUUUUAUAAUUCUGGAGAGACAUAGGGAAUCCUCCCCACUGAGGUCUGAGGUGGGAAGCAAAGAAGCCGCAACGGAACCGGAGUCAACCGGGAAAGAGCAGCACAGACUGAGGAGGCAGCCCGUCCCUUAGACCCUCCGCCGCUGCCUGGGCCCCUGCAGAAGGCCCACAGAGAAGCCCGUGGAAGGAGGACUCCUAGGCACACUGUCCACAGUGACUGCAAGAGAAGGGCCAGGGCCGUGCGAUCAGAGGCUGCAGCCACCCGUGACAGUGGCUGGAUCUGGUGCUAAAGGAAACGUUUUCCCAAGAUGCCCGUGAGACUAGACUAAGAUGUGUAUAGUACUGUAAGCAUUAACAAACCUUCCAGAAUCAAUAAUCUGUGGCAACAUAUCUCUGUAAAAAUAAACACUGUAAUGUCUAAAUAAAUGUUUAGUCUUCCCUGUAA